GGAAGACCUGUGACAGGUCGUACAAGGCGCAGAAAGGUUUCGAAGCAUCUUGUGGUUAGAGCUUCUAGUAGCGUCCUAGCUGAUUAAUCAUGGAGUUUUCCAAAAGCUCCGAAAAGAUGGUCAUUCCAGAUUCGGAAAUAAAGGUUUCAGGAGGACGAUCUAAAGAGAGAAUGAUCACAAUGGCAAUUUUUGGUAUAGGUGUCAUCCUGUUCAUCGUGGGAAUCGUGCUGAUUGCAGUUGCAACAGCCGACAAGAAUGAGACCGAGAAAUCUGCAGGCAAUUCAUCCACUGAUAAACAAGGACAGACCGAGGAAACCACUGCACCCCCAACAGAGGCAACCAUUGCAACAACAACAACAACAACAAAGACACCCCUUACAACAACGACCCAAGCUCCUUCAGGUCAAUGUGAUUUCUCUGAAGAGGCACAGCGAGUGGAGCUUGGCGAGUUCCUAAGUCGAGUGAAAGCUACAUACUACAAACUUCAUCCCUACGACGUUUAUUGGAACCCUGAUGCAACCCCGAGCGAGAUCCGACAAGAAUUUGUUGCCUACGAUCCUACUCCGUCUGUGAUUAAAAAUCGAACCGACACUGCCCUGGAAUUGCUAAAGGAAAUCAACGAUAAGAAAAUCAUUGCUGAUGCGUUACAACCCCGAGAAAGGAAAGCACUGGCUCAGGUGAAGCACUAUCUGCAGCAUAUAUUCGGCCAACCUUAUGACGUAAAUUACUAUGCAGGAGACUGGAUGUUGGGACCGAAUUUGUUUUGCUGGCAGGAAAUCUGCUACCAUGGAUAUGCUGUUCAUAAUGGCAUAGGGCUGCACCACAAACCUUACAAUGCAUCCGACGUGGAGCUCAUAGAAAAGAAGCUCAAAACUCACAAAGCAGGCAUUUUGCAAUACAUCGAGAACAUGAAGAUGGGAGUACGCAGAGGAAUGGUCAGAAGUGUAGAGGAGUGUGAAGCUGGUAUUAACACAAUCAAAAGACAGUAUUUGAAUGUUUCACGAUACAACGCAACAGGUAAGGAAAUAUGAAGUGAUAGCUUUUCAACGAGUUUCGUUGCGCAAUCCAUAACUAUGUGACACAACCUCAAGAAACUAGAAGAGACCACUAGUAAUUUAAUCUUGAAUUCAGACAUGUGGCAGGCGUUGAUAAAGGGUUCGCAUUUAACAGACGGCCGUUUGUGUUCUUCACCAAAACACCCUUCUUCGAGGGGAGCGUCGCGAUUCUCGCUUUAGCGGUUUUGGCUAUUUUUUAGAUCGGUUUUUCGUUUUUUAGGAUUUGGCUUUCGUUUUCAGUAGAAAAAAAAAAAACACACACACACACACAUAAUGGGAUUCUGAGAUUUGGUAUCCGAUAUGGUUUACAGUUUUUCCCAUUUCGGUUCCGGUUUUUCCUCAAUGUGAGUGCCAAUUAUGCGCUUCCACUGAUCUCGAUAGUCGCGAAACCUCUGUAAGUUGCACUUGUCACUGACUGUAUCGGAUCGUAAGGGGUUUUGAUAACUGGGAUGUCAAAAUUUAUCGGUAUGGACGGUUUUGCAUGCGGUUUUGGUUUUGAUCGAAUUUUGUGCGGUUUUGGAUGAUUUUUUUUUUCCCACUUUUUGCGGUUUCUAAUAGACCCCAAUGCCCCCUCCUUUUCAUUUUUGAGGCUAAAGUCAGGAAAUGAUGACUGAAAGAUGUCAUUAAUUAACAACUGAAUGUUUUACUACGAGUGAUCCGUUUUUACUGAUGUUCUUAACAGCUGUAAGCGACUGAGCGGCGCAAAUUGCCUUUGGGGAUGAAAUCUCUAUCGUUUUCCAUGGUCACGCAAAUAAAGUUAAGAUCAGCCAGCGAUUUUUAAAAAUUAGGAUACUCUUCUCCACUGCAGGUAUGGUUGAGGCGAUCAUGGCAUGAAUAAAUAUCUCGUUUUGUGGACAAGUUAUCUGAUAGCGGCCAGUACUUGACUUGCCAUGAGAUAAUAAAAAGCCUAUUACUUAAGCGCGUUCAAAUUCGUGUGAUCAAAUUCUGUUGUGCAAGCUUGCCCCACUUUUCAUUGCGCAAUCUAUUGAUACGUGUGCAGGGAUUAAAACAUAGCAGUUUCGCUUGGUAAAACAUUCAAAUUACGGCGUUGAAAAUGUUUCCAAACGAUUGGUUGAUAUGUCAGCCUUGCCAUCAUCGAGAUAUGAAACACUUGGAGAGCUUAGAGAGCACUCGAGAUGCUUGAAUUUCUCUAGCUUCGUCUCGAGCAACUUUCAUCCAUUUUUCGUGCUCUCAAAACCUUAGAAGCGCUUCAUUUAUCGAUAAAAGUAAGCGGAAGCUUGAGCCAGUUGCUCAUUAUUGCCCGUUUGGAACAGUGAUUUUUCAAAGUUAAUUUAGAAGUGCGGCGUUCUGUUACAAGCAAACCUUAAACCUGAUCGAAAAAAUAAAUAUUUCGAGACACUCUCGAUAGAUGGACGACUCAAAUAAAACAGAUGUUUGUAAUUGAAUGACCUUUGAUGUCAAAACAGCAAUUAAAAAAAAAAAAAAAAAAAGAAGAAGAAAUGUCGCCACCGUUUUUUAAAACAUUUUAAUAUCAAUGAAAUUUCACUUCAAAUCGAUUGAAAACAUUUACAAUGAGGCGAGCGCUUGGGGAAUAAAUUGAAUUGCAUGUAUUCAACUUCAAGUCUUGCGUAACUGUCAUCAGAAACGGUUUACAUAUGAAUCAAAGUGACCAUGAAAAUGAAAAGGUCUAAAAUUCAAUCAGCUGGUCAGCGGAAAGAUAAUUACGUUUCUACGGUCGUGAUUUGGUUCUGUUUAACUUUGUUUAUCUAUCACUAAUUGUUACUGUAAAAUUAACAAUUUUGAUUUAGAUUUAUCACAUAUCAACUAUGCGGGUUAUUUCGAUUGAUAAGCAAUUGGAAGUGGAUUUAUCUCAAAUGGUUUUGAUCCGGUGACCAUUUGAUAUGUUGACUUAAUAAUGAUAGUAUUAAUAUUAAUUUUUACUUUAUUAAUAGUGAUAACUUAAAUAUCACGAAACAAAAAAGUCGAGAGAACUCCAGAUGGGUAGAGCUUCUGUACUAAUCUCAAAUGUGAGAAUCGUUCGGCAUUUUGGUUUUCUUGGCGUUAAACAGGAAGUCGAAAGCCUGCUUAGAGAUUGAGGCUGGAGAGGACAUGCUUUAUCAGAACUUGUGCACAGAAGUCUCAUCCGUUGCUAUUUCACCGGAAAUCACCCCCAGUAUCCUCCCUGGGUACCCUAGUUUUCUCACGAUUCCAUACAAACUUGUUUAACCAUUGCAGGCGUGCUUAAAGCAUGGUUUGUGAAACCAAUACUGGAUCCUGAUUUCUACAGUAACAUCACAGAAGAGACUGAAACAGCCUGGAAGGCGGCACACGGCCAAAAGAAUGUCAGCGAUAGUAUAAAGGAAUAUCUGGUGACAUAUGUGGGAGAGCCACUUGAACAGAUGUUAAGGUAUGAGAGUAAAACUUUCUGUGUUUUGUGAAACUAUGUUUCGAUUUUUUUAAAGUCAUUUUUGCGACUUGUAAGAUUAUCUGAGUGACAGGCGUUCGACUGGAACUCGCGUUACUCACUUGUCGGUUUGCACAACUCGUGCCCGUUUAAGCUACGUAGGUUACUUUCAAGACUACCGAAUAUCAAUGUGGUUAGAAAGAAAAACACUAAGAUGUGAUUAUUAAACCGAGAAGAUACAAAGCUGGCUUAGGAGGGAUAUGAUUACUAAGACUAAAAAUAAGGAACUAAAAAAAUGAAUAUGUUUAUACAACGCGAGCGUUUGUUAAUUCUAUAAUUAACGCCCAUUAGGGGUUAUCAUUUAGCGACAAGAAUCAAUCCUUUCUCCGGUUGUUUUGUCCCUUCAAAUUAAUCAUAUUGUAAAGAGCCUUCGGUAUAUGGUCUCUUUAGAAGGAAUGAAGAGUUACUAUUUGUUGGGGAAUCUCUUGCUUGAAAAAUUGAAAAAAAAUAGAGGUGUUUACAAUUUUACUACACCUGAGAAAACCAAAGGGAGAACCACAACAAAUAAGGGUGGCGGUUUGAAGUAUCAGUUAAAUUUUCUGUUUGCUGCUGAUUUUUUUUCCUAAUAAUUUUGCUGCACUUUGCUUCUGUCCUUUAAAUUAGAUGAGAUGAUGUUUAAUUAUGUCAACUUUCAGGUACGUUGAAUAUGAACACUUUCGUCAUUGCGUUCCAAGCAACGUAUCUAGCGGUUUAGCUGGUCUUCCGCUGAAGUAUGUUUGGCUUGAUGGCAAAGAGAACACGUCCCAGCCCACAGACCCACUCUUGCCCACAGGUGAAAAGUUGAAUGGAUCGUUCGCCUAUUCCAAAAUCAUGUCGUACUUCACAACAAAUGACAUGACUCCGAUGGAAGUUCAUGAGCUUGGCAAACGGCAGCUCGCUAUUCUCUAUCCUAUGGUAAGGAACAUUUCGGUUUCAGAAGUCUUAGAACCCUUAUGUUUAGUUCACUAAGCAUAAGGGUUUGGCUUUGCGCAUUUCCCUCAGAUCACUUUAAAUUAAUUGCCUUUAAGUUGACCGGAGUAGCCGAUGAUCCUGGCUUGCCUUAUCGCAUGUCACUUUUGGUGGUCGCCUUGGAAUAGAAACCAAACUCAAAAGAAACACUUUACAAUCCAGGGAAAUUUAGCAUUAUCAACUGCGUUGGCAACGUAAAUUGGCCUCCGUAAAGAUUUUAAAAGCUGACGUUUCUAGCGUUAGCCCUUCAUCCAUCCCUAUGACGAAGGGCUGACGCUCGAAAUGUCAGCUUUUAAACUCUCUGCGAUGGCCAAUUUACGUUGUCAACGCAGUUGGUAAUACUACUACCCUGUUAUACUCUCCCACCGAUGCACCACACUUUCCUUAGAAACUUACCCCCUUUACUCGCUUUUCAAUCCCUUUAUCUUCAAUAUUUUCGUAACUUUAAGACUUGUUUCAACUGAUCUGUUAGUAAAAAGCUAUUAAAAACGUUAGGUGGUUAACUCUACGCUUUCCUGCCCCUCUGCCCCACCCUACACUUUCAGUGACUGUACACAUAAUGUGCCGCUUUCGAACUGAACAUCCCCAGUCCAGGUUCUUUUGAGCUGCAUUUCAUCGAGUCGGAAAAGCAACAGUCUAUAAAUGUCUUUCAGUCUUUUAUAUCCAACCGUUUUCUACUGCAAAGAGAAACUACCUGCAUCAAAAUCAACUUGAUAAUCUUACCUAUAAAAAAAAUUGCAAGUUGUGUUACCUUUUGCUGAAUCAUUUACAGGUUGUCGAUGUUGCAAAACUUGUUACCGGAAUGAACGAUAAUGACACAGCAGUAGCGAUGUUCAGAGAGAAACUAAACUCAUCAGAGAGUUAUUUCAAUCCGGAACCAAUCCCUAAAAAUGAGUCUGAUAAAGAGGCACACAAGAAAUGUAGCGAUAUUGAUGGAGCCAAAAAGUAUUGUCCCAAGCGAUGGGCUGCUCUAGAGCUGUGGAUGGCGGAAUCUAGGAAGGUGGGUUCAUCCAAUUUGUUACGUAAAAUUACUAAGUCCAUCUGCUAGGUCUUGGAAGCCAGGUGACUUCCACAUGAAAAGCGUGCGAUAAUUAUUUUACGCAAUUUUAUCCUUCCCUAAUGCGAGGUUUGAACAAAAAAAAUGCUUAUUUCAGUGAUAAGUUUACGAGUAUUUUUACUGUUGUUAUUGUUGUUGUUGUUUGUUUGUUUCAUUUAAUUUUUGGUGGUUUUUCUGAGGAAAUUUCAGAUAGAGGUAAAAACGAUUAGUUUUUGUUUUACCCGGUGUAGGUGAUGAGUUUGCUGUCACCAAAGACGAUUCCCUUAUUCCACUUUACUGGGGACUAUGCGACUACACCCAUCUGCCCAGUUGAUAUGCAGCCCAAUCUGAAUCCGUCCAGUGGAGCUCAAAGCUAUCAAAGUGCGGGUUCAGCCUGCACAAGGAGCGCCAAGUACAACCUUCCAUUUUUCUUGGAAAAUUUGGGUCCCAGGUUUUCUGAAUGGAGCGUGAACGCACACGAGGCGAGGCCAGGACAUCAUACACAGGUUAGCCCUUCAUCAGAGCGAUUGAAGGCUGACACUUGAAAAUUCGGCAUAGAAACUCUUUACAUUAGCCAAUUUGCACUAUCGACUCAGGUGAUAAUACCGAAUUAAUCUUUUUAUGCUCCUCCACCGACGCAGCAACACCGUCGCAUACAUUAGUAUCGGCUUUGUACCUUUCACUGAGUCGAUUAAUUAAUUCUUGGCUAUACAUAACGGCUUCUACGAAUUGUUUCUCAGGUUCAGGGUAACGUGGAACACUUCCGUGACAUUUGCGGCGGUGUUAUUGGUUGGCUUGAUAGUGUCACGUACUACACAGCGUUUACAGAAGGGUGGGCUUUGUACGCUGAAAACCCACUAAUAGCUGAGGAUACAGACACUUAUAAGACAGAACCGAUGCAGAAGUUUGGAAUGCUGAAGUGGCAGGUAAGAUUGGACGCAAUGUGGUCUACUGUUUCACGAAGAAACUGGUAAAUAGUAUGCUCGCUGUCCAGCGUUCUUCAUAGCUUGGUGGUGUCACCACUGUUUUACAUAUAGCUCAUGCCAGAGGAUACAUAAGGCGAAUGCAGAGGUUUAAUUUUAACUUUUGCACUUUUAAUUCUGCCUCAAGGUAUGGCGAGCACUUCGUUUGAUUGUUGACACUGGUUUGCAUUACGUUGGAUUCUCGCGGGAUAAGGCCCUGGAAUACUUCAGUAAAUAUGCUUGGGACGAUACAGACCUUGCAAAGAAAGAGGUAAAAAAUUGAAGGGGGUCAUUGGUUUAUUAGCGCUAAGGAAAUCUAAAAUCUUUCUUCCUCCAGACUCCUACGUAUGUAGUACAAGUCAAUAACAUCAAGGAAGUUGAGAGAUGGUAAACCGCUAAGGAAGUAAAAAAAUAUUUGACUGGUCGCCAAUACCAAAAGCUUAUGAUUCUUACUACUUUAUUUGUGUUUGGAACCGUGUGACCCUCGGCUUUAACUUUAGUAUAUGAUUGGCUGCAAAACUUCGUUGAUUUAAGUCUUAACAAUCAAACACACAUCAUUCUGACUCGUUCUGCCAUGACAACUUGUGUUCAUUGCCCAUGUUGUCUCCUUUCUGUCAACUACUCUCAGGUGACUCGGUAUCAGAGCGACCCAGGACAAGCAACCGCUUACAUGAUUGGUCAGUUGCAGAUCAAGAACGCUAGAAAUUAUGCCAAAACUGAAUUGGGAGACAAUUUCAGUUUGCGAGACUUCCACUAUCAGGUAAAUCUAAUUGUGUAAGUUGGUCUAACAAUACGUUUGCUUUAAAGACGUUCAUAAUGAACUUAGUAUCGCCCCUAAAAGAACUUUCCUUGGCAAUUAGAGCGGAAAGAAGAAAGUACGAGUGCGAAAUUUCGAGGGAACAGCACAUGAAUGAGUCUUUCACUCAGCGAAUUUAGAUUUCUGGCAAUAACAGCUUCGAUGUGAUGGUUUCAAUGGCCAAAAAUUACCAAAAGUUUCCACCGCCGGUUUGUGGUGCUGCACUGAUUUGACGGUUUUUCUCUAGGUUCUUGCUCAGGGAUCCUCUCCUCUAGCGUACCUAUCUGAUCACGUGAACAAAUAUGUGGCGUGCGUCAAGGACAAAAAGAAAACAGGCUGUGAUGUCAUCCUGAAACCACCAAAGAAAGAGGAGGAAAAGGAGAAAGCAAAAGUAGGCCGCUGGGAAAAGAUACCGAAACCCAUUGUGCACCAUAUAUAAUGUAUAAGUGAACAACAAAGAAUGACAGAAGGAUGCUUUUGUAAUUUAAAUAAGCCACGCACCUUAAUGUAAGCUCUACAUCGCUAAAACGUUUACAUAAUAGAUUCUGUUGAUUUAGUUUGAAUGACCAUGAACAACUGUGCGUUUAUUGUAGUGGACGGUGAUGGUGAAGAAUGAACUCCAGCCUGAACACAUUUAACAUGGCUUAAGUCCUCAGUUGUAAUUAUCUUUAGCGUGAGACGUUUCUUGUCCGUAGCAUUUAUUAUACUACCCAUUAUAUCGAAACGAUUCCUGGUUUUUGUUAAUUUAACAAGCGAGUUUUAGGUGAUGUAGCAUCUUCACGAUUGUUUAGAUACAUUUUGCGAACUUGCAAAACAAAAGUUUGUCUGUAUAGGCUUGAUUAGAAUUUAAUUUUAUCGUAUUCUCCAACCAUUAGGGCGAAAUGAAUUAAUCAUCUGCAUUUCAAAAUAGUAAAAGGAAAAGGAAUAUUAUGUUUUAGAUUUGUUGAUUUGUCUUUGUUUUAAUGAAGUACCAACCCCUGCACCAACCCUCGCAGCUUAAUCCCCCUUGUUGUGUCAUUAAAAAUAGGUUAUGCGAUUAAAGCACAAACACACAGUAAAUCCACUUGUGAGAAACUGUUCUCCCUCUCAAAAACUCAAGUUCCUCUAGGUGACACUUGCCCCUUACCCCUUACAAAUGAAUGAAAACAAGUUUUCUUAUCAACUUGCAUUCACUUAAGACGCAGAAUUGACUUUCAAUUGAAGAUUUUACCGUGGUAUGUGACUUUUCAAAGAAACAAACUUUCCCUUGUGGUUAUGGCUGAACGUUGAAACAAUCUUGCUAAUGUUAGAAAUCGUAUAUCAUAAAGAAAUUUAUGUAUAUUUGCACUUUGUUUGCACGGCACGAGGCUUUAGAGUGAGUAUACUACAGGUUGGGUUGUCUCACGUGAUAUAGUGGUUUCAUUUUCUUUAAUUUAGCCGCGUCAAGUCUGAUCAGAGAAGAAAGAGGGCAAGGGGCUGUUGAGUACAUGCACUUACUUAGUCUGGAGGAUAUUUACUCCUGAGGUUAUCUUAAAGUUCCGAAAAAAGUAUAGUAGAUUCGAAAAACUACAAAGUGACCACAUUGUGAGACAAACGAUAAUAUUUUUUUCUUUUGAAGAGUCAUUUACCACGAUGACUAACCACAGCCUAUUUUAUAAUUUAGGUAUAUAGUUAACCUGUUAUACUUCUUGCAUCAGAUAACACCAAAGCCAUGAUUCGAAGUAAUGGAGAAACCAAACAUUUUCACCAUUUAUUUUCCCAGAAGUGUUUCAAGUUAAGUCAUUUGCAUUAAAUCAGGCAUUACCCAAUUUUUACAAAAUUAAGUGGCGAUCUCUGUAUAAGAGCGGUCCAAGGCGUUUCGCAUCGUACAAAAAGUUUCGCCUCAAACCUCGUCCAUUAAACUAUCCUUGGUAGUAAGUAAAAAAAACUACCUUAGUUUCUGGAAAUACGUUGAAAAAAAUUGAGAGCUCUCAAUAAUAAAAGUUGUAAAAGGCCCUUUUUUAACCUCUUGCGCCAUCGAAAUUUUCAAAAGUUGACAACACGCUGCAUGCAGCAAGAAAUCGUCGGACAGCUUUCUGAUAUUGGCCAAAAAUACUCUUUCUUUCUUUAUUGGGUGAUAUUUCUCAAGUCCAGACCAAACCAUCGAAAACUCCGGUUGAUUUCUUCUAAUAACAUGUUCGAAAGCAUGGAAAUGUAAAAACAUCUUACACUUAAUAGUUUCUUUCGCCAUAGUGACUUCAGAAUUUUGGUGGUUUUGAUUAUGGCGAACCUCUGAAUAAACACGUCAAAAUUGAACUGCUUUCCAAACCCCGUAUAUAUGACACAAUUUAGGAAUACAAACCAUUUCUUGCUGCAUGCAAUGUGUUACGAGGAGCGAGCUUGUCAACUUUUGAAAUUUACGAUGUCGCAACAGAUCAAAAAGGAGCUCAAGCUUCUUUGAUUAUUGAUAGCUCUCAAAAUCUUUUUUAAACGUAUUUCCAGAAACCAAUGUAGUUUUAUUUACUUACUACUAAAGAUAGUUUAAUGGACAAAGUUUGAGGCAAAACUUUUUUUUUCCAUUCGAAACGCCUUGGACCGCAAUUACAGAGAUCGCCACUUAAUCAGAGACCAACAAUGUUAUAAAGGUUUCAAAAGUCCUGUUAAAACGAUACCCCAUCACCUUCGUCAUGGCAUAGUGGCAAAAAAUGGUAUCUCAGACUCCGGCUGGAUCCUACAUUUCACGGUUACAUCCCAGACGACGUUACUUUGUUAAGGGGACCUCGACAACGAUACCUGCACUAACAUCUUCUUGCACAGCGGGCAUUCAAGAGCGUAAGCUGUCAAUAGAGGUUCAGCCCCCACAAGCUGCUGAAACAGAAAAAAAAAUCACAAAAAAAAAUCACACACAGUAGUCUCUAUUUCGCUCGGAAAUAUAGCGCCGCGACACGGUGUCGGUUCCCUUCGCACGCUCGUGGAUAGAGAAAUAUCUCAGCACGUUUACGUGCCAGAUGUAGGCAGUUGAUUAUGGCAUGUUGUAAUAUGGCGGUGUUUCAUCAGUUAGGUUCUCAAAUCAAUAUUUAAAAUUUAACAGUUGUUGAAAUUCAUGCGUUGUCACAGGAGUAAACUUCGAAUAAAGUCGAUCUGAGUUCGAAGUGUUUUUGUGAUUUUUUUUUUGUUUUUCCUUUGAGGGCGAUUAGUUACUUUUGAGUCAGAAUUCUCUGCUCUUGUUCUUGUUCUUAUCAUCAUAUUAGAUCAUCAUCAUAUUAUAAAGUGUGUCACUCUCAUCAUAAACUUUUUUCCCAGAAUCAACAUCAAAGACAGAAAGUUUACACUUCCAUUGCAUCCAGCAUUUGAUGAACUGUAAAUGUGAUCGUAUGUCUAAUAAAUGAAGAACGAUAUUUACUCGAUAUCUCAGGACUUUAACUCUUAGCCACAUGAUCUUAAGAGAUUUGAAGUGUGUAACGUUUUGAAAGACAAUUGAGGCUCAUAUUAAUUCAAAAGUGAAAUAUUGAUCUAAUUACUGCAUUUAUGGUGUGAUACUAUUUACGAACCCUGCAUUCAUCCCCGGUCUCUAAGGUAGUGGCUAAUUCAAUCGAGGGGCAACAGCCAAUUGCAACCGUUUUUAUAAAUGGUUAAUGGUCAUUAAUAAAUCUCAUGUAUUGUUCAGCGCAAACGCUUUUUAUCAAAUACUUCGAGUUAGGUUCAGUUGAGGGAUUCUAUACAAAGAUAAGCAUCAUGGAGAUGAAUAAAAGCUCAGAAACGGUGUUUUCCGACGAAAAAGAUGUCAAAUCUGCCGCAAGUGGUUUUUCGGCCGGUAGAAUUGUGUCAAUCGUCAUCUUGGCUGUUGGUUUAAUCUUCCUUCUUGCAGGAAUUGUGCUCAUUGUACUCGCAGUGAACAACUAUAAGAAAACCACAGGGCAGCGAGAUCAAAACAACUGCGACUUUUCGAGAGAAGCCAAUCGAGUUGGUCUUGGUGAGUUUCUUAGUCGUGUGAAGGCGACGUAUUAUAAACUUCAUCCUUAUGACGUGCACCGAGACCCAGAAGUAAAAACAGAAACGAUCAAAGCGGAGUACUCUGCUUAUGAUCCAACACCAUAUAUGAUUAAAAAGCGGACGGAUACUGCUCUGGCUUUGCUGAAAGAAAUCAAUGAUAAAAAGAUCAACGAAGACACGUUGAAACCCCGCGAGAGGAAGGCACUUGCUCAGGUAAAGCAUUUUCUGCAGCACAUAUUCGGUCAGCCGUAUGAUGUUAAUUACUACAAUGGAGACUGGAUGAUGGGACCGAAUUCGUUUUGCUGGCAGGAAAUUUGCUUUCACGGGUACGCCGUUAAUAUGUCACUAGGUAAACAUCAUAAACCUCACAAUUCUUUUGAUGUGGAGCUAAUCGAAAGAAAACUGAAAACUCACAAAGCUGGCAUUUUGCAAUUCAUCGAGAACAUGAAGAUGGGAGUACGCAAAGGAAUGGUCAGAAGUGUAGAGGAGUGUGAAGCUGGUAUUAACACAAUCAAAAGAUACUAUUUGAAUGUUUCUCUAUACAACGCAACAGGUAAGGAAAAAAGGUGAAUGUUGCGUAACAGUUGAUUAACCAAAAGUAUAUUACACCGUCCCAAGGACAUGGAUAGGACCAUCAGUAAUUUAAUCCUGAAUUCAAAAUUGCUGAAGGUUUGUUGAAGGGUUAGAAUUUAACGGACUACACUGCCACGGCCUUUUAAAAAUAAUUUGGCUGAGCAAUUGACAAAAGAAAUUUUUAAGUUCCACGGAUUGCUCAUCGAAGUGAAGGUACAUGUAUAUAUUUGAAACUUUGCGUGCGCUCUUGAUAAAACCACUAUAAAUCUAUUCACGACGUUGUCAAGGAUGCAUUGCUUUUGAGAUACAGUAUUGCAGUUACUUAUAGGCUUCAAGGUUUUAAGUCGAGUGGCAAUCCGAUAAACAAAGAUACCGCCAUGAGUAAAUAGCUAAAUAGACAAAUAAACAGGAAAACUUAAUUUGGCCCCUGUUACAGACCUUGAUCGACCAAUAAAGUUUUAUGGUCCAUGCGAAAAAUUUUAAGGCUUCGGUGAAUAUUCUAAUAUUAAGUUAGAAGUGGCUGAAAUAUUAGUUUAGAUGUUUGGCUUCCAUACAUCGAGUGUACAAGUUUCGAACUCUUUCAGAUGAAUUGAUUAUCCAAAAAAAGUAACCUUGAAAUUAGUAAACUUAGUUGCUGAGCUCUGAGGCCAGUCCAUACUUCCAACCAAAAGAGACAUGGACACUUUCAUCAAUACUGUUUUGUUGUCCUUCUGUGUUGUGGGCUUUAAAAUGAAACUUAUCAUCCGCAGUACUUUCAUUGCAGGUGUGCUAAAAGCGUGGUUCGUUCAACCCCUGAUGAAUCCUGAUUAUUACAGUAACAUCACAGAAAAUACGGAUAACAAAUGGAAGGCGGCGCACGGUGGAAAGAAUGUCAAAGAAACUAUCAAAGAAUAUCUGGUGACUUAUUUAGGAGAACCACUUGAACAAAUGUUAAGGUACAGUAUAGUUAUACUUAAAGAGCACAAUAUGAGGUGCAUCUUAAUAAGCUCAAACUUGGUUCGAACGAUUUCCUUUUACGAAUUUUUUUUCUUUUUCUUAAUGCUUUUUGAACAUGACUGUGACUUUUUGCUGAGAUCAGAGUUCCACAGCUUGUGGAACUGGGUGUUCAUCACGUUCAUUAGGCACCUAUAUUCGGAAAAUUAUCCGGCUAACUUUCGAUGGCCUUAGCAACUGAUUUGUUUAUUUAGCACGCGAGGAACAGAAAUUAUCCGUUACUUUACUGUAUUACACCCCAUGAAGGUUAUUAAUGUUCUUCGAACGCGCUAACUGACGAGUUCGGAAGUGAUUAGCAAGUACUUUUACUAUUUGGCCCCGAGCACCCAAGAAGGCAAAAUCUCACGUGAGAUUUAGAGUUUGAUUUCCGACCAUUUUCCAAUAUAUUUCCAAGAAUAAAUUUUUUUUCUUUAUGGUACAUGCUAAAACAAUACCUCGGUGUCGGUGAAAGUCAUGAUAUUUAUCUCGCCGCUCGGUAAAUAUCGACUACUAUAACCUCUUCUCCUGCUUUCGCAUUUUUCAAAGAACCUUCUAACAUCGACCUUGUCUCGAUGUACCAAGUAUUAUCCAGAGAUUAUCUGGGGAAGUCAUCUUAGGGCUGAUAUACAAACCCACAUAGAAUAUUGUUUACUACUUGCGAUCGCCACAGCUGGAGGGCUUUCAUCUAAAUAUAGUUUUCGUGUGAGCGCUUUCCAAACGGGUCCUUAACAGUCACCAAAGACAACUUAAAAUAUCGUUCAGCACUAGAAUAGCUGGAUUAGGAUGUGAUUUAAGCCGGGAGAAACGAUAUGUUGUGCAGUUAGUGCGGUUGUGACUGUGGUUGGAUCUUGGUUUUAUUAUUUAACACCCUCCAUUAUGGCAGAGCAAGGUAGGACACACGAAACAAUAUAGCGCUACAGCGAUCUUACGAUCUUUUCUUCAAUUCAUGAACCUUUUCGGUCUCAGAAGCUGAUUCUGUCAUAUUAUAUUUAUAUUCUGACAUUUUUUACGCUUAUUCCUUCAAAAGUCAAGGGAAUCUAUUACUAAAGUUAUCGACUGAUAUAACUCCCUUAAGUAGCAAAACCUAUGAUAAUAACAGCUAUCUACAGCUAUCCGCCUACUGAUCAGGAUCACAUUAGGGACAAAAAUGUAAAGCAUCAUAAUGAUUGUAAUUUAGAUACGUCGAGGAGGAACACAUUCGUCAUUGUGUUCCAAGCAACGUGUCUAGCGGUUUAGCUGGUCUUCCACUCAAGUAUGUUUGGUUCGACGGCAAAGAGAACACCUCCCAGCCCACAGACCCAUUCCUGCCCACUGGUGAACCGCUGAAUGGAUCGUUGGCGUAUUCUAAGAUCAUGUCGUAUUUCACAACAAAUAACAUGACAGUAAUGGAAGUUCAUGAGCUUGGUAAAAAGCAGCUUGAUCUUCUCUAUCCCAUGGUGAGGUUAUUUCCAGUUUUUGUCUAAACAAAGAAUCGUUCUGUUAGUGAUGUCAUUUCUUUAAGACAAUACCUCGUACCACCUCCGAAUUUCUUCCUAGUUAUUUCCUCUUUUGACUCAUUCAUAGGUUGUCGAUGUUGCAAAACUUGUCACUGGGAUCAACGAUACCAGCACGGCUAUAUCGGAGUUCAGAGAAAUACUAACUUCAUCUGAUAGUUAUUUCAAUUCAGAUCCAUUUCCCAAAAACGAGUCUGAUAAAGAGGCACACAAGAAAUGUAGCGAUAUUGAAGGAGCUAAGAAACAUUGUCCCACGAGGUGGGCUACUUUAGAGCUCUGGAUGGCUGAAUCAAGGAAGGUAUUGCAUUUUCUUGAUACUGAUAAUAUAAGUAUGCUAAAUUACUUUAUCUUCUGUUGGCCCCGAUAAGGAAAACCCCUUAACAUCCGGUACGGGAUUGUUCUUGGAAGUGUUAAUUUAGACCCUAAAUGAGCCGAUACUCCUUGGGGCAAGGCUCCAUUUAGUGUGGUUUAAGAGGAUGUCCAGCAAGUAUUAUUGAUCUGUCGUGAUAUUCCUGUCAAUCUGACUUCCCACCAAAUACAAAUUGGCAUCGUUUUUUUUCGAAGUUCUCACCUCCCCCCCCAACCCUAACCCCCACCCUUAUUAAAAGAUUUUUGGUAGCCAAAAAAAUUUGACUGUUUGAACUUGAACACCGUUAUCGGAGUAGUUUGAAUUUAAACUUUUCCUCGGUCAAACGUAGCGGUCAUCUGGCAAUCUAGAAGUCUGCGUGAUCUGUUCUCUACGCGAGAAAUGCAUUUUCCAAGUCUCAUCUAUUUAAAACAAAGACAUCUCAGCAAAUUGUUUUGAUACGUUUCCUCAAGUCAAUUCAGGUAGAAGUAAGAGCAAACUGUUCCCGAUUUUGCCGGAAUAGGUGAUGAGUUUGCUUGCUCCGAAGACGAUUCCUCUCUUCCACUUCACUGGGGAUUAUGCGACCACACCCAGCUGCCCAGUUGAUAUGCAGCCCGAUCUGAAUCCGUCCAGUGGAGCUCAAAGCUAUCGACGUGCGGGUCCAAAUUGCGCAAGAAGCGCCAAAUACAACCUUCCAUUUUUCUUGGAAAAUAUGGGUCCCAGGUUUUCUGAAUGGAGCGUGAACGCACACGAGGCGACGCCAGGACAUCAUACACAGGUUUACGUGUUAACCAGCUUUAUUAUAAUAAAGAUUCGUAAGCAAAUUUGCAAAUUGUUUCGAGAGUCGAUAUCAGUCCACUCAGCUCGACAUACCGGCUUAUACUCCAUCCACAGGUUCAGGGUAAUGCAGAACACUUCCGCGACAUUUGCGGUGGUGCUAUUGGUUGGCUUGAUAGUGUCACGUACUACACAGCGUUUACAGAGGGAUGGGCGUUGUACGCUGAAAACCCGCUUAUAGCCCAGGAUACAGACGCUUAUAAGACCGAACCGAUGCAGAGGUUUGGAAUGCUGAAGUGGCAGGUAGAGAUUGAUUAAGUUUAAUUCAUGGCAGCAUCACCGUUUCGCAGACGGGUACAUAAAAGUAUGCAAUCAUCAACGGAGUUCAGACCCUUUUUCUGAAUGAUUACACUUCCCUCUACCUGUAGGUUUGGCGAGCAAUACGGCUGAUCGUAGACACUGGUUUACAUUACGUUGGAUUCUCAAGGAAAGAGGCAUUGGAAUACUUCAGAAAAUAUGCGUGGGACGAUACAGACCUUGCACAAAAAGAGGUGAAAUAAUUAAAAAAAAAAAAGAAUUAUUGUUACAAGUAUAGCGUUAUGAAAAGUUUUAAAGCAACUUUCCAAGCUAUGGAAAACAUUCAGAGAAAUCUGACGAAAUCCUGGGGGAGGAGCAAGGGACCAUCAUUGCGACGGAACAACAGCUUAACCAGACUAAGGUAGCACGUAUAAUUACAUUCACACCACGGACACUGAGAUAACCUCAGUCGGUGCGGGCCACUCUGCUCGAGAAAAGACCAGCCUUACUGUUUCAUCAAUGUUCAGUAUCGGUUGGAUAGUCAGCUUAAUAUCCACAUAUCUGGUCACUAAACACAUUUCAAUAAGCCAUUUCCAAAGCGGGUCCUGGAGCUCACUCUUCCAUAUGAUUAUAAGGUUUCAUUCAUAUGCAAAUUAAACUCAUUUUCAUACGAAUAGUUGAACACCAGGCCUCGCUUUGAAAAGGAGGCAAACAUAACUCGGAAAUGUGCCACUGGACAAGUCGUCAUAAUCCAACACAUUUAUCAAUUUAACUAUAACUGUUGAUAAUCUCUUACUUUCUGUUAUUAAAUUACUUGCACUGCUGGUGACCUCAACAGGUUACUCGGUAUCAGAGCAACCCAGGACAAGCGACUGCGUACAUGAUUGGUCAAUUGGAGAUUGAAAAAGCCAGAAAGUAUACUAAAGAUAAUUUGGGGGAAAAGUUUAAUCUGCGAGAUUUCCAUUACCAGGUUAGUAAAUACGUCUCAUGCAUUCGUUUUAAGGGAUUUCAUCCCUAAAUGCCACUGCGGACGUCAAUAGGCUAUGAACGCAUUGCUUGUUUUGAGGUUAUGUGGACAUUAUUUUCAUUAUCUAACCAAAUGCAAUGUUACUAAGGGUGCUAAGGGUGUUGACGAGCCAAAUUAUGGCUAUAGCAAUAGCAAUGGUAAGGAUAUUUUGCCAGAAGAUUACAAUAACUGGCUUCGAACUAAAUAAAUAUGUUGUCGUUUGACGAUAAAGUCCUGAUUUAGCGAAUUACUCAUCCGAUUAUCACAGUUUGGUCUGCUUUAUUGAAACAAGGUCGUAAUUGUCCGAAUAGCUGAGAAAUCAUAAUUUAGGUAAACAGCUGCCGUAAUCGCUAGAUGAAUGGAGAUUUCCUGCGGAACUAACUACUUAGAGAUAUCCUUGUCACUUUCCGACAAUGUAAUAGACAGUCGCAGUUGACAGCCUAAAUGCCACCCAGAGAGGUGCCAGACAAUGGCUGAGCUCCAAACUUGGGCUAGAAAAAACGAGGAAAGCGAGAAAAGUUAUGUGUAAAAGGAAUAGCGAUACUAGGUUUAAAAAAUGGGAGCUGGACAUAUGUAAACUUUUUCAGGUUCUUGCUCAGGGGUCCUCUCCGCUGGCCUACUUAUCAGAUCACAUUGAAAAAUAUGUAGCGUGUGUCAUGGGCAAGACGAAAGAAGGCUGUGACGUUAUUCUGAGACCACCGAAGAAACGCAAUGGAAAGAAAACAGCAGACGCGCCCCGUUGGCAAAACAUACCGAAACCUAUUUUACACUAUAUAUGAUGUGCACUUUUUGUUAGUGAUUGCACAUUUUAGGGGCUGGCUCUUUUUUUCCGACUCUAACGAAAGGCCAAGCCUAAUUAGGAUCUUGUUAAUUGUUAAAAAUAGGCAGUUUAAGAAAUUUUUUUAAGCACUUAAGAGAACCAGUGAUUGAAUUUUAAUGCUAGAAGACAGUGUUGCAGAAGAUUUGUCUCACAUGCGAAAUACAAAACCUGCCGCAUCCCGCAUAUUUGUGAGUAUUCAAUAAGAAAAAGACGAUUCAAGAAUAUAGUGACCUAUUUACCCUCAACCU